UUCAAUCUUUACAUAACAGAAAUUCCAACCUCACUUUUCAGCCUUGGACAUUAAAGAUUUAGGAAAUUUUGUUGGCAAUUUCAGUUGGAGACUUAAAUAGGCCUUCAAAAUGGCAAAUUUUUCCACAUUAAAUCGCUUAGUCUUGCAAAAAAUACGGCCAACAUUUCAAAGACGUCUCGUAUCUACAUCCAAGAAGAACAAUGAUACUGUGGUUGCUGAUGUCUGCCAAGCUUCAAGUAAAAAAGCUCAAACUAACUGGAUAUCUUAUGGCUAUGAUGUUAACUCCAAGGUAGCAGAUAGAAGUGCUAUGCACAGCAUAAUGUUUGCUAGCAUCACACUUUGUUUGGUGGUGGGCGGAUUUGUAUGGGCCUAUGCACCAGAUUAUAACCUCCGAGACUGGUCUACUAGGGAAGCCUUUCUAGAACUAAAACGGCGAGAAAUGGCUGGAAAGCCAUUGGUCGACCCAGAUUUUAUUCCCGCAGAAAAAAUUGUUUUGCCUACAGAUGAGGAAUUGGGUAACACAGAAAUUAUUAUUUAAUUUCGAUUAUAUUUUGUUCAUUUACUGUAGAUAUUACUUUUAAUUUUAAUGUAUAAUUUAUGAUUGAGAAUUAUAAUAAAUAAUAAAACAAAUUUAAAAAAA